AUGUCUCUCUUUACAGAUCUGUUCUUGAGCUACAAAGACAAGUGGGUAGCACAACACUCUUUUACAACUAGGAAUGGCCCAUAUUACGCACCCGUGGGUGGCAAUCCGCCGGCCGCGGAAUCUCAGGCGGCAGAGGUGGAUCGCUGGAGUCGGCUUCACGGGAGGUUCGGCUCUAGUCGAUUCAAUACCGUCUUCUUGUUGUUGUUCCGACUAUUCUACCAUGCAUCUUCCUUCGAAGUCGCCCACACCGGUUACCCAAAAAGACUCUACUUGCCACUUUUCUCCGAGACAGUGUCGAAGUCUCCUGAAGAAGCCAGGGACGAAAACCCCCUCAACACCCCUGCAAAUCAAGGGCUUCCAGACUUAUUCAAGACUUUCAAGCGCUUCUCGACGAAAGAAUGGUUGGAGACGCUGCUCCAAGACCCCUCCGAAUUCAAGAACCUCAAGGUCAACUCAAUCACGUGGAUCAAGGCUCUCGCCUCCCCGUUCUCCCAUGAAUUCAUUCAGUUCAUCGUCGAGGACUCUGUCAGCCGCCAACGGACGCGUAUUGCCGCUGGCCGAGAAGAAACCGGAGACUGGGUCCUCGUCGGCUGGAAUUGGGCCUCGGGAGACACGCCAUCCCAUCAUUAUAACCUCCCGCUGCCACUCCUGUCGGUCACUUUCGAGGAUCCCAACAAGAAACCGGACUUGCGAGCGCUGGCUUACGUGCUGUCCGCGACGACGGAAAAGCAUCCUGCCUAUAAAUUUCGGAGAGAAAUGUGCUGGUGGUAUGCCGAGACUGUGUUGGAGGUGAUGCAUGAGCAAUUUGGUGGGAAGGUCAAGGAAUGGGAGUGGUCGAGGUAUCGAUAUUCGUUUAUUGUUAAGACGAGCUUCAUCCGGCGCAGGGCCUUGACCAAACAUGCCGAGUCGUUCAAACGGCAGCUGGCCGAGGAGAUGAGUUACUAG